CGCAUGUGGAGUCGCCUGGGAUACCUCUGUAUUCAGGUGUGACAGACAGACGGUGUCGCUUACCUGGCAUCACCGCCUGACUGGCAGCUGGUAUGAGUGGUAGCGGACCGAUUGUCGUGCGUUCCCAAAAAAAACUUGAGGGGGGAGCAUCGAUAAAAUACCCAAGCAAUGGAUGAGGUGUAAACGGAAUACGUUGCCGCUUUUUUACCGUUAGAUUGUUGUUUCUGGCUGUGCCUCGACUUUUUGUAGGAUCCUCAUGCCGUGCGUGACAUGAGACGGACGGGUACCUUCAUGCUGGAAGGACGACCGCGGCACACACAGGGAAACGACGACGGCAGGAACGGAACAGCGUGGCCGGCCACAGACAUGCCGUGAACCAUGGCGCACUGUAGAACAAGACGAACCCCUUUCGUUGCCGCUACCGGUGGUGGCAGCAGCAGCAGCAGCAUGACGGCCGGCAUCACCAGGCCGACGAAGCAUCGCCGCCACCACCUGCUGCUGCUGGCGUUACUCGUCUACCACUUGCUAGCCGCAACGACGGCGCGGGCCUACGCGCCGCUGUCUGACGUCAGCCUCGCGCGCAUCCUGUCGGGCGUCGCCGACCUCGACGCCAACACGGGUGCGCUACUGGCGCCCAUCCUGAUCCCGCGUGUGCCGGGCACGGCCGGGUCCGAGAAGGCCCAGCGCCACUUUGCCGACUUCUUCGCCCGCCACCUCCCGCUGUGGACGCUCGAGUGGCACAACUCGACGGCGACGACGCCCGCCACGGGCGACAUGCUGGUGCCCUUUGCCAACCUCGUCUUCCGCCGCGACCCGCCGUGGGUGGUAGCAGAGGCGGAGGCAGGGGCAGGGGCAGGGGCAGCGACGGCCGCCCCGGGAGAUGUCGCCCGCCUGACGCUCGCCGCCCACUACGACAGCCUGUACCGCCCCGAGGGCUUCGUCGGCGCCGUCGACAGCGCCGCCCCCUGCGCUAUGCUGCUCCACGUCGCGCGCAGCAUCGACGCCGCGCUGACGAGCAAGUGGGACGCCAUGCGCGCUGCCGGCCACGCGCCCGACGGCCUCGAGGAGGAAAAGGGCGUCCAGAUCCUCUUCCUGGACGGCGAGGAGGCGUGGGUGUCGUGGACCGACUCGGAUUCACUUUAUGGAUCACGUGCGCUGGCCCAGACAUGGGAGACCACAGAGCACGAGGGCAUUUUCUCGACGCCGCUGCAGGCCAUCAGCAUGUUUGUGCUGCUGGACCUGCUCGGGGCGCCGGGCCCACGCGUGCCGUCAUACUUUGCCCAGACGCACUGGGUGUACCAACACCUAGCGGCGGCCGAGGGGCGGCUAAGGAAGCUGGGCGCGCUCGAGACGGAGGCCAGCAACAACCACCCGUUCCUGCCGGAGGCCCGCAAGCGCCCCGAGCAAUUCACUAGGGGCUUUGUGCAGGACGACCACGUGCCCUUCAUGGAGCGUGGCGUAGACGUGCUGCACAUCAUCCCCACGCCGUUCCCGGACGUGUGGCACACCCUCGACGACGACGGCGCACAUCUCGACCCGCCCACAGUGCGGGACUGGGCGACGAUCAUGACGGCGUUUGUCGCCGAGUGGAUGGAGCUCGACGGAUUCCUCCCGCCGGUGCCCCUGCCCGAGGACACGAAAAAGAGGGCAAAGACUUACACCGAGAAGUCAGAGCUCUAGUAUAAGGGGCCUCGGGAGGUGGGUGACAUAAACUGUAUAUAUACUUGCCCAAACUAGACUCUUGGGUAUGGCGAGCGGCUGGUACAUAGCGGCUCUGUAUAAAUCUACCAUGUCACUAAAACAUGUCCCUACAAUGGAUUACUCUAUAAGUUUCAACUAUUAGACCAAUUAAUGCCUUACCGCCUUUAACAGCGACUUACUUCAUAGACUGUAUUCAAUGAAU